CACAAUAAUGUCUUCGAGAGGGUACAGCACAAAAAUGUCAUUUGCAAUGAUGACAUCGAAGAAACAUGAACAUGCAGACAAAAUUAGAGAAGAACAUACCAGAAAUAGAGAAACUAUUGCUCAAACUAGGUAUCUCACUGAGGAGAGCAACAGACAGAGGAUUAAGGAAAGGGAUGAAAUAAGUAACGCUCUUAGACUGAGUUCCAGACUUUCCUUACAAGCAAAAGAAAAGCUAGAAAGGAAAUAAAUCAGAACUAAAAGCUAAAAUUAGAGAGUCAAUUCGUAAAAGUGUGGUCCUACAGUUGAAUAGGAAUGACCAAAUGAUCGAAGAGCAAAAGAAAAAUUGUAGAAUUAAAUAAACUCCAGAAGCUGCUUGGCACUGAUGAGACUGAUUUGAAUAUUCUUGAGAAUAUGAAACAAGAACUCAAAAUUAAAAAGAAAAUGGAGUUAGAACAAAUAGAGGAGAAUAUUAAGAAAUAAAUCAGCAAUCAAACCAUCCAUACUUGGAGGCAUGAGUUUUCCGAAAAUUGAUGUUGGUGUUACAACUGACCAGAAUAAAGAGAAUCCUAAUCAUGAGAAGGAUGAAGGUGAUGGAAAGCCCAUUGAAGAGCAACUUAAAGCUCAUGAAGAGAGAAAGCUCCAAGAGAAAGAAGAAGAGUUAGAGAAUAAGAAAGCAGAGUUGCUCCAUUUCUUUGGAUCUGAAACAUUUACUCAAAUGCAGAAUUUGCCAAAUGAUGUAAUUAAGAAAUACCUUAAUCAGAGAGGGAUAGAGACAGAGAUUCCACAUUUCCCUUGGAUCAAGGAAUAUAAACGAUUUAUAGAAAAAUGAAAGCAGAGCGAACCAAGAAUCAGAGAUAGGAAAGGUAGUUACAAUCUAACAGAAGAAUUAAAUAAAGCCAAAUAGAAAAGAGUGGUGGUACCGUCAAAAAUAUAAGCUCAUGAAGGCAUUAAAAAGCAAAUUGAAUGACUCAAAUGGGCUGUGAAAUACUAAGGAAUUCAACUUAACCAAGGACAAAGUGAAUAAAUUACCAAUAGACGAUAUCGAUUAUAAUCAUAUGCAAGCUACAACUAUUUCUUUUGAAAAAAUUCCUUUGCUGAAGCCUAAAAAGAAUAAAGAAACUGAUGAAGUGACUGCAGAAACAAGCAUUAUAUCAUAUGGUGAAAGAAGCAACAUGAAAAUGAAUAGGUCAACCAACACAGGCCCUGAUGUUAUUCUCAUGUUAAAUGAUUUAAAGAAAUCUAAGAAGAACUCCCACCUUCGAGAACUUUACGAGAUGAAAGAUUCAAAAGAAUCCGAUGAUUCUAUUCUUCCAGAUAAAUUUACUACUAUGAGUCCAAACAAUGCUUAUAAAAAUAUCAAGAAAAGUUCUUUUAAAAGGUCUUUGAAAAGAGAUAUUGGAAGCUUAAGUCAGGUUAUGGAAACACAAAGUCAGAAUCCAUAUCAAUCACUUGACUCUCACUUGAAGAAAAGUAAGAGUAGUUGAAGGUACACCUCAGCGAAAAAGCCUCAAAAGCUUCAGAAAUCUGUAACUACAAAUUUUAGCAACACAAAGAUGGACAAAUUCCAGAGAUAUCGUCUUGAGAAUAUUGACCGAAUUGAGAAAAAGAUCACAGGUUUUACAUACAGCAAAUCCAAAGUGUUGAUUUCUAAAAACCCGAAGAAAGAUAUGAAUAAGUGCCUAUUAGAGACAUCAGAGGCAUGUAAGUCCACUAUGAAAACCAAGCAGAAUGAUAAUUAUAAUAAUCUUGGCACCAAAUCUGGAAUUAAGCUAGAUAUUAAGAGAGCUAAUAAGAACAGCCGGAAUAGCGGGUACCAACAGCAUGUUAAAAAUCUUCAUUCCAUGAAUGUGGAACAGCUAAAUUAUGGAAUGCCAAGGAAAAAACUUAAUUAUUCUCCUUCUGUUCACCACCAAAAACAAAUGACUAGUUUCUCUACUGUAAAUGACUCCUUUAGUAGUAGCAAAGGGAAGAGCAAAGAACUUAGUCAACGACAGUACCCUCUUCCUAUUCCAGUCAUGCAGAAGAGAUUUAAGAAUGAACUAAAGCAUAAACUUGAAAAGAAAAUGAUUGAAACCAAUGAAAAAUUAGAGCCACAAUUUAAGCUCAGCAGGAUCGAUAUCGAGGAUAUCAUCAAUUCUAAAACUCUUAAUGGAGAAGUAGAAGGAUCUCAUACCCAAAAUUAUGAAGAUUUGCUCAUGAGAAAGAUCAAGGAUCAGAGAAGGAUCGAAUAUUGGAACAAGCGGAUCAAGUUAGACAUUUUGAAAAAGAAGAGAAGCCAUUCAUCAAGCAAAUAGUUUAUAUAUUUCAAUAUGUUCCCUUAA